AUGACGGACAAACUCCCGCCGAUGUUGCUCCAGCUCUUCGCCCCGCGGCCGCCGCUGCGUUGGGUUGAGCCCUCGGACCACGCGCCCGAGAAGCGCCAGACAGCGCGCAUCUCUGGUGUGGGCCAGUACUUGCAAGCAUUGAAGGAGUACAAGGAUAACGACGGCUACGUGCCGACCGACAGCUGGCUGCAGAAGCGCGACCGCAAGAAGAUGGAGAAGAAGGAGAAGCAGGAGAAGCUCCUCACUGAAGGCGUAAAAGAAUACAAACCCAGCGAAGACCCCAAAGUCCAAGGCGACGCUUUCAAGACCCUCUUCGUCUCUCGCCUCGCCUACAACGUCACCGAAGACGAUCUCGAGCGCGAAUUCGGUCGCUACGGACCAAUUGAGAGGAUACGAAUCGUCGAGGACGUCACUGCCUCGCCGGACGCGGAGCCCAAGAAGCGCAAGCGAGGCUACGCCUUCAUCGUGUACGAGCGCGAGAAGGAUAUGAAGGCUGCCUACAAAGAGACCGACGGCAUUAAGAUUAAGGAUCGACGCGUUUGCGUCGACGUCGAGCGCGGUCGUACGGUAUCCGGGUGGCGCCCGCGACGAUUUGGUGGCGGCCUAGGUGGGCGUGGCUACACCAAAGGCCCGCCUGCGCGCCCCGCUGGUCCUGGUGGCUUCGGUCCUCCUGCUGGGCCUGGCGGGUUUGGCCGAGGCGUUGGCUUUGGUGGAGGCCGAUUCGGGGGCGGUCGCGGUGGUUUUGGAGGUGAUCGUGGUGGUUUCCGCGGCGGAUUCGGUGGUCGCGGCGGCGGCGGCGGCGGAGGAGGAGGCUAUGGUGGCCGAUCAGGUAUUGGCUACCAGUCCAACGGCUAUGGACCUCCCGACGGUGCUCCCUCCGGUCCUCGUGGUGGACGGGGUGGGUUUGGCGGUGGCUUCGGUGGUAGCGGCGGAGGCCGUUUCGGCGAUGACCGACGCAGCUAUGGCGAUCGAGGAUCAAGCGGUGCAAAUAACGAACCCCUCGGAAGCAGAGAUCGAUACCGUGAUCGUGAGCGCGAUCGCGAUGGUGGGUAUGGUGGCCGAGACGACCAUGGCUCCCGCAAGCGUGGGUAUGAAGGCGACAACUACGACGAUCCGAGACAGCGACGGAGGUACUGA